AUGGAACAUAGAAGAUUGCGCAAAGGGCCGCUGCCUGGAGGUCGUCAGGGCGCGUCUGGAGCUGGCGCUGGACGCAACAGCAUGCGAACCGCCAGCCGAGCGCGAGGUGCUGCACGACCACCCAGCAGCUCCUCGCAUCCAUCAUCCCCACCAGCUUGCUUGGUGUCGGCAGGGUCUUCGCAGGCCCAGCAAUCGGCACCCGCCACUGGUGGAGUACGCCGCAUGCGAUGGACCAUCAAUAUGAAUUCAAACGCAUUGCGGGCGUAUUUUAGGGCGAAAGGGGGAGAAAUUGGAGGUUUCGCGUAUCGGGCUAGGAUGCAUCGUCUUUUUACUGAGCUGGAGCCAUCUAUUACUGUCACCGAGCAAAACCUGGCAGACCGAGUUCGGUAUAUCUUACGCUCAAAUAUAUUUGAUGGCGCCGAACUCGAACGGCUACGACGUGAGGCUGUUCCCCCAUCAAAUGAAAACGCUACGACUGAGGGUGCGGUGCCACAAGUUGCAGAACAACCCGCACACGUGGAUGCCGCCGAGAAUACCCCAGUGGUUGCUGAUUCAAAUGAUGAAGGAACAUUCACCCAGGAACUAGAAAUAGAGCAAAUGAGGAGUACAUUGGAAGAGGCGAUUAUGGAAACGCGCAGUACGCCUCUCGAAAAUCGACCGCGACUUCCCCGCAUAGCCCUAAGCAAGCGGAAUCGGGCUGUCGUGAGGGCUCUGAACCCAAUGCUGGUGACCUAUUUGGAAGCCAGCCGGGACCUUUGCGAGACGGACUCAAUUCUCUUUGGCGCCGCACUGGCAGUCUGCCGUAUUAUAGGCGCCAAACUUUCCACGGCUGGACGCACUACUGGACAAAGUAGUGCUAUCCCAGCCUGGAGAACAAGAAUUGAAGAACGUAUCGCAAAGACUAGGGCCCUCAUCGGCAGACUGAUAUGCUUCAGGUCAGGCAAUACCAGGCCAAGGAUUGUGCGCACCGUCAGGAUGGCGUUUGCUGGGACAAAUGUUAGUUUGUCCCAGCCGGAUAUAAUGCAAAAACUGACGGAGCGCAUAGACGACCUGAAGCAGAGAAUCGCUGCUUGGGGAAAGCGAAUUCGGCGAUAUACCGAGAGGUCGACACGGUUCAACCAGUCUGAUCAGAGUGAUCAGAAGAGGCUCUAUAAGUCAUUGGAGCGACCAAUGGUAAGUGGAACGGGCCCAGUACCGAAUCAGGCCGACACGGUCGCGUUCUGGCGCAGCCUGUGGUCAGAGCCCGUAAACCACAACGAGGGCCCUUGGACGGAAGUUGUGGCGAGUCAGUGUGCGGGUAUUACGCCCAUGGACCCCGUCACCAUAACGCCGGAUGACGUAGCUGAGGCGGUCCGUAGGGCCCCGAACUGGAAAAGUCCGGGACUCGACGGGCUGCAUCACUACUGGCUGAAGGGGUUCGUGGUGUGUCACACUGUGCUCGCCCGACAGUUUCAAGAGGUUCUCAACCAGAAGUCGCUCCCGAGCCUCUUCACUACUGGGAUCACCCAUUUGGUUCCUAAAGGCCAGGGUACCACAGACCCGAGCAAAAUUAUAUAUUUAUAG